AUGCCUGCCAGUAGAUCAAGCAGAAGAACUCUUUCGGAAGCAGUGCCUUCAGUUAAUGCACCCCUUGUUGUUGUGGAAGACAUCGUGGAUGAUACUAAUAAUCCAGACAUCCCACUUGGUGCAUCACUUGAAGUUGUAGUUGAUACCCACCAUAUUGAUGUGAAUCUUGAUGAUACACAGAUUGAGCUCCCUGCCGAAAUCUCGCCCAUUCUUCCUCAUGUUAAUUCCAACGAUGAGAAGCAAGCGAAAGCUGCCCAUCAGUGGCAGAAUACUAUCACAGGUGUUGGCCAAAGAUUCAGCAGUGCUCAUGAGUUUCGCGUACUGUUGCGUAAAUAUGCUAUUGCGCAUCAGUUUGCUUUUAGGUAUAAAAAGAACGAAAGACAUCGCGUGUUUGUCAAAUGCAAAGCCGAAGGUUGUCAUUGGAGAAUUCAUGCAUCAAAAUUAUCAACUAGUCAACUAAUAUGUGUCAAGAAGAUGAAUCCAACACAUACAUGUGAAGGUGCCGCUGUGACAACGGGGCAUCAGGCAACUAGUAGUUUUGUGGCGAGUAUUAUUAAGGAGAAGUUGAAAAUUUUCCCCAACUACAAGCCCAAGGAUAUUGUCAAUUAUAUGAAAGAGGAAUAUGGAAUCCGGCUUAAUUACUUUCUGGCCUGGCGUGCGAAAGAAACAGCUAAGGAGCAGCUUCAUGGCUCGUACAAAGAGGCAUUUAAUCAAUUACCCUUUUUCUGUGAGAAGAUAAUGGAGACCUAUCCGGGUAGUUUUGCCACCUUCACUACUAAGGAAGACUCAAGUUUCCAUCGUCUGUUUGUCUCAUUUCAUGCCUCGUUGUAUGGCUUUCAACAAGGUUGCCGACCUCUCCUUUUUCUUGGUACAAUACCAUUAAAGUCAAAAUAUCGAUUUAAAUUGUUGGCUGCGACAGCCGCAGAUGGGAAUGAUGGAGUUUUUCCUGUUGCUUUUGCUCUAGUAUAUUUUGAAACUGUUGAUAACUGGCAUUGGUUUUUAUUGCAAUUGAAAACUGUACUAUCAGCAAUACCUUGUCCUAUAACAUUUGUAGCAGACGAAAAGAAGGGUCUAAGGGAGUCUAUUGCUGAGAUAUUUACGGAUUCAUAUCAUGCUUAUUGCCUACAGCACUUAUCUGAAAGACUUAUAAAAUCCGUGAGGUGGAUAUGUUCUCGUGAGGAGUGGCGUCUCUUGGUUAAAGAUCUUUAUGCUGCUGCUUAUGCGCCGACACCAGAAGGAUUCCAGAAGAGCAUUGAGAGCAUCAAAGGCAUUUCUCUAACAGCAUACAAUUGGAUCAUACAGAUUGAGCCCCAGAAUUGGGCAAAUGCAUUCUUUCUGGGUGCAAGAUAUAACCAUAUGACAUCACACUUUGGAGAGCUGUUUUACAGCUGGUUGUCAGAUGCAGACGAAUUACCAAUAUCACAGAUGGUUGAUGUGAUACGGUGUAAGAUUAUGGAGUUGAUUUAUACAAGACAAGCAGAUUCCAAUCUGUGGAUGACACGAAUAACACCAUCCAUGGAAGAAAAGCUGGAAAAGGAGAACCUAAAAGCCUGUGAUCUACAAGUGCUACCGUCAGGUGGGAGCACUUGGGAAGUUCGUGGUGACACUAUUGAAGUGGUUGAUAUGGAUCAUUGGAAUUGUAGUUGCAAAGGGUGGCAACAUACUGGUUUGCCAUGCUGCCAUGCUAUUGCCGUCAUUAUCUGUAUUGGACGGAGUGCAUAUGACUAUUGUUCCAGAUAUUUCACAACAGAAAUGUACAGACUAACAUAUUCAGAGACAGUACAUCCUGUUCCCGAUCUGGACAGGCCUGUACAGGCAGAUCCUUCCCAGGUUGCAGUGACUGUAACUCCUCCCCUUGCUGCUGCAGGCCGACCAACAGCAGGGGAUGGUUGGUUUCUAGAUGAAAUAAGGAAGGCUCUCGGACACAACAAAUCCACUUGCAAAGAAUCCUUGUAA